UUACCCCCUGCACCUGGCAGCCUGGAAGGGAGAUGCUGACAUUGUGAAGCUCCUCAUCCACCAGGGCCCUUCGCACACCAAAGUGAAUGAGCAGGUCUGCCUGAUUUUCUCUAAUGUAUCAUUGAAUCACUUCCCUGGCAUGGAGAGAGACUCCUGCAGCUGACCCCUGACCCUUCCCAAACCAGUAGCAGUGGUUGUAAGGUCCUACUUGCUGGUGGGAUAGGAGGGGCACUGCCUAAAGCAAUACAUUCAGCCUGAGUUAGUGGUAGGAUGAAAAGAUAUUUAAGUUUCAUAGCAGACACAUAAUUGUGAGAACUGCUCAACACUUAGGAAGUGGUCUCCUGCUUCUGGGCUUCUAAAACUAACCCACAGUUUUCCUUUCAGCUGCUGGAUAGCUGAGCAGGUUUCUAGUUCUGCAGAGGAUCCAUUGGCUCCCUCCUUUGGGAACUAAUCCAAGCAGCUUUGUUCAGUCUCUUUGGCCGUGCUCUCUUAGCUGCUCUCCUGGCUUGUCUCUGGCACUUGCUCCAGUUCACUAAUUUGUAAGUUCUAAGAUAAUUUUAACAGUACUUGCCCCCAGAUAAAUCCCUAGCCUAAUCUUAAAGAAUUAUUUUUGCAAUCAGGCAAGAAAAAAAGCCUCUUGGAUUUGUUCCUUUUGUCAAGCUGACAGUUUUGGCCUGGGGUGCAGAGGGAGUGAGGAGUCCAUGACAGCUGUGUCCACUGCAGAGGGCUGGCUCCUGUGGAACUGCCCAUGGACAUCAGAGGUAUCUUAAAUGCCAGGGAACUUCUGAAAUGCUGCUGCUGGAAGGCCCAAACAUUCCUGUUGUUGCAGAGUGUUGUUUACAGGAACUGGUUUCAUGGAUGAGCCAGCUGAGUGCUGUCACUGAGCUGCCCCUCCCCAGCACAGAGUGACAGGCCCAGACCAGUGGCUAAAGCUGCAGUGGGCUGUGCUUGUCCUGUCCCUAAGGCAGGAACAUCUGCUGACCCUGGGAAUCAGCUCCUAAACCACUCAGGUGUUCUUUCAGGAGGAAAGGAAUGAACCAAAAUAGGUUCACCAACCUGCCUUGGUGCCAGCAGGCUAAACCUGGAUGUUCAUUCCAGAGGUAAUUCCCAGGUGGGUCAGACACCCCUGGCCUGAGUCCAGCUCACAGCCAGGGUGAGCAGCUCUGGAAUCCCUUCUGUUGAUUUGCUCCAUGGUAGUUUUUCAGAAGCUGGGGAGCAAACUCCUUUCAGAGGCAGGUUUAGGAGUCCCAGUCCUCCUUUGUGGGGACCCAAGUGCCACACUGGAGUUUCCCAGGAUGGGUAAAUCGAUGCACCAGGCUGCUCCAGGGAUAACUGCUGCUAAAGCAUCAUGGAAUGAAAAAUCUGGUUGUAGUGCAACUCUGUCAUUCCUCCACUGAGCAGGAAUAAGGAGGAAUGUGUGUUGUGAUGUCUCUGGUGACAGUUCUCCCGUUUGGGGCUGUGUUAAUCAUGUCUCCAGGCACAGCUGCAGGCACUCAGUCUGAUUACAUGGGCUAGAGUGCAGGUUCCCCAGUCAAUCCGACAAAAACUGAGUGAGAGCCCAUAGUGUAAAUGUUCUGCUCUGAGCAGGGCAGCUAGAGGGGUGAUCUUUGCCAAGGCCCAGAGCUUAGUGUGAUCCUUGCAGGUAAUGUUUCAUGAAUGUCUGUUUGGUAGGAACCCUGUUAAAUGAGAGCAGUCAGCUGAGGAGCCUGUGCUUGGAGCCUGGUCCAGGUGACAGCAACCCCAGCUGGAAUGGCUUCUGACUGGAACAAGAUGCUGUGUCCUGCCAUUCCACCCCUUGGAGUCACCCAUUGCUUUGUUGCUGUAUCUCACCCAUUUCAUUAUCACAUUUUUUUUUCUUUUUCCUCUUCCUUUUUGUAGAAUGCUCUUGAGAUCAAAGAACUCAAAAAGUACGGCCCCUUUGACCCAUAUAUCAAUGCCAAGGUGUGUACUUUGCUGUCAGCAUUUCACUGCAUCAUCACUCCAGGCUGCACUCGCGUGCUUCCAGGUGCAAUAAUACCUGUUCACUUUGCAGCUGCUUGGGGAAAAGGAAAUUGGGACCAUUGAUUUACUGUGGGUUUCUCUCUUCAAAGCAGUUAUAGAAACAUAAUUAAAGGAAAGCUUUUCCUUACUUUCCUGGGGGCUCCUUCCUUGCUUAGCCUUGUAGGACUCGCAGUGAUGGUCAGUUUGCUUGAUUGGGCUGGAUGACUUCCCAAAGAACAACGACAACGAGACGGCGCUGCACUGCGCGGCCCAGCACGGCCACACCGAGGUGGUGAAGGUGCUGCUGGAGGAGCUCACCGACCCCACCAUGCGCAACAACAAAUUCGAGACCCCCCUGGACCUGGCGGCGCUCUACGGGAGGCUGGAAGUGGUCAAGAUGCUCCUGAACACCCACCCCAACCUGCUGAGCUGCAACACCAAGAAACACACUCCGCUGCACCUGGCAGCCAGGAACGGGCACAAGGCAGUGGUGCACGUGCUCCUGGAUGCUGGCAUGGACAGCAACUACCAGACUGAGAAAGGCAGUGCUUUGCACGAAGCUGCUUUGUUUGGCAAGACAGAUGUGGUACAAAUAUUGCUGGCUGCAGGUAUUGAUGUGAACAUAAAGGAUAACAGAGGCCUGACUGCUCUGGACAUUGUGAGGGAGCUUCCUUCCCAGAAAAGCCAGCACAUAGCAGCUCUCAUUGAAGAUUACACCGUUGGGAAGAAAAGUGCCAAAGGUGUGGAGAAAUCUGCUCCAGCCCCGCUCGCUGCAGCCACCGAUCCCCCGGGCCGGACGUCUCAGGGUGAUGUGGACAAAGCUGUGACAGAGCUGAUCAUGGAUUUUGAUGUGAACCCCGAGGAGGAGAGCCCCUAUGAGGCUCUGUACAACGCCACGUCCUGCCACUCCCUGGACAGCCUGGCCAGCGGGAGAUCGUCCGACCGCGACUCUGGGAACAAGGAGGCUGAGCCCAGCGGCCUCAAGGCAGCUGCAGUCAGGCCUAGAGAACGUCCUCCCCCGCCAGCCAAGCCCCCGCCUGAUGAAGAGGAGGAGCAGAAUGUGGAGAAGAAGGCAAGCCACAGUGCUCCCUGUGAGGCCUCUGCUGCCCGGGGGAAGAGCAGGGGAAGUGGAGCUGAGGAAGAGGAACACCCCUACGAGCUGUUGCUUACAGCAGAAACUAAAAAGCCGGUUGCAGUGGACAGGAAAACAAAAGACCACAGGAGGAGCAGCGGCGGCCGCAGCCAGGACUCUGCCGACAGCCAGGACAUCCAGGUGCCAGAGCAGUUCUCAGGGUUGCUCCACGGCUCUUCUCCAAUCUGUGAAAUAAGCGAGGACCCUUUCAGGCUCGCUUCCUCCUCGGAGAAGGGGGACACCGAAGGCACGAGCCACCCUGCUGCUAUGCAGCUGGAGGAUGCUGAGCUAACGUCGUCAGGACCGGCCCGGAGCAGCUCCCCGGAGCCCACGCAGAGCGCGGUGUACGCCACGCCAGAGGGGGACAGAGCUGUGGGCAGAGCCCACCCGGGCAGCAAACCCAAAGCCGAGCUCAAGCUCAGCCGCAGCUUGUCCAAGUCGGACUCUGACCUGCUGACCUGCUCCCCGAGCGAGGACGAUGCCAUGGGGAGCCGCAGCGAAUCGCUCUCCAACUGCAGCACCGGCAAGAAGCGGCUGGAGAAGUCCCCAUCCUUUGCUUCCGAGUGGGAUGAGAUUGAAAAGAUCAUGAGUUCCAUCGGCGAAGGCAUUGACUUUUCCCAGGAGCAGCACAGGAUCUCAGGUUCGCGGAUGCUGGAGCAGAGCGUCGGGGAGUGGCUGGAGUCCAUCGGCCUGCAGCAGUACGAGAGCAAGCUGCUCCUGAAUGGCUUUGAUGAUGUUCGCUUCCUGGGCUGCAAUGUCAUGGAGGACCAGGACCUGCGGGAUAUCGGCAUCGGGGACCCGCAGCACCGGCGGAAGCUGCUCCAGGCUGCUCGCUCCCUCCCCAAGUUGAAACCCCUGGGCUGUGAUGGGAAUAGCCAGCCAUCAGUUCCUGCAUGGCUCGACUCCCUGGGGCUGCAGGAUUACAUCCAGUCCUUCCUCUCGAGUGGCUACAGCUCCAUCGACACUGUGAAAAACCUCUGGGAGCUUGAGAUAGUGAACGUGCUCAAAGUGAACCUGCUGGGCCAUCGGAAGCGGAUCAUCGCCUCGCUGGCAGACAGACCCUACGAGGAGCCCCCAGCCAAACCACCACGGUUCUCACAGCUCAGAUGCCAGGAUUUGAUGUCCCAGACGUCGUCUCCCCUGAGCCAGAACGACUCCUGCACGGGCAGAUCUGCUGAUCUGCUGCUGCCCUCCGGGGACACUGCCAAGAGGCAGCACGACCGUGGCACUGAGCUUGCUCCCUACUCCAGAGUUGAGCGCUACAAAGCACAGGAGGACCGCCGGGAGUCCAGGCUCACCCUGCGCCCCCCCAGCCUGGCAGCCCCCUAUGCCCCUGUUCAGAACUGGCAGCACCAGCCCGAGAAGCUCAUCUUCGAGUCCUGCGGGUACGAGGCCAACUACUUGGGCUCCAUGCUGAUCAAAGACCUCCGAGGGACAGAGUCUACCCAGGACGCCUGUGCCAAGAUGAGGAAAUCCACGGAGCACAUGAAGAAGAUCCCAACCAUAAUCCUGUCCAUCACGUACAAAGGGGUGAAGUUCAUCGAUGCCUCCAACAAGAAUGUCAUUGCUGAGCACGAGAUCCGGAACAUCUCCUGUGCUGCCCAGGACCCUGAGGAUCUCUGCACAUUUGCCUACAUCACCAAGGACCUGCAGACCAGCCAUCACUACUGCCAUGUCUUCAGCACUGUGGAUGUGAACCUGACGUACGAGAUCAUCCUCACGUUGGGGCAGGCAUUCGAGGUCGCCUACCAGCUCGCCCUGCAAGCCCAGAGAGCAAAGCCUCUGGGUGCUGGAGCAGGAGAAAUGAUUGAAACAAAAUCUUCCAAACCGGUGCCUAAACCACGAGCAGGCAUGAGGAAAUCCGCGCUGGAUCCUCCUGAAGUGGACCAAGACUCCCAGUCUCAUGCCAGUGUCUCCUGGGUCGUGGACCCCAAGCAGGACUCCAAGCGGACCCUCAGCACUAACUGCUCGCCCUGAGCCCGCCUAGGCACCACGUCCAAGGCAGCAGCACUUAGGAGACUGUAGACUUACCCGGCUUUUGUACCUGCUGAACACUGUGAAUCUCCUUUCUCGGAAACAAGGGUAACGCUGUAGCUGCCCGCCAGGCGGGAGGAGCAGAGAGGGCAGGCUGGCAGGCGGAGAUGUGGAUCCAGGAAAGCCGCCACCGUUUUCACGUCUUCCCCCCUCGCUCUGGCACUGUGAAUCCCUGGGGCAAUGUGAUACUCCCCAGGCCUUUUUUUUUUCUAUCUCACCUUGUCUUUGGACUGAUGGAGACCUCUUGUCUCUCCGGUGCACACACUCCCUCCUCCUAGAUCCUCCUCUUCCCGACUGAGCCACGGCUGUGUACUGUUCAGUGAACUCACCUCUCCUCCCUGCCACUCAAACCGACACUAACCACUGUGAUGCUCUCUGCAAAUAACACACGGGCACUUCCAUUUCCUCACGGCCACCCUUGCCCACAGUCUCCUUCCUCAAAGCCCAGUGCAGAACUUGCUCUGGGUGGUGGGGGAGCAUUGGUUUGGGCCGUGUGUGAUCGUUCCCACUGUGAGCUCUGUCCCCUCAGAUAUGAGGGGCGGUUUGGUGGCAUGCAUUUCAGUCCUUUGUAGGUUUUUCUUUCCCUCAUAGUCCUUGUGUUUACACUCACCAGACUUCUCGUGAGAGCUGGGUGUAGUUCUCAUGUGGCAGCCUGUGGUUAGGCUUCCAAAGGCACAUGUUGUUGUUGGCCCCAGGCUGGGGAGGGUAGGUGUCAUCUGGGCACCACAAGCAGCAUCCCAGGGAGAGGUCAGGGAGCAGCCCUGGGUUAUUUGCCCCUGGUGUUAGGGCCCAGUAGCAGCUUUUCUGAGUUUCGCUGUGGCUUUGGAGCUGCUGCUUCAGAUCUUCCAUUUCCCCUCACCUGCAAUGAAAUCUGAUGUUUUAAAAGUCCUUAUUUUAGCUCUUUCUCAGGAAUGAGUUUGAUCUCCCAAGUCAUUUAUGACUUAAUGGCAAACUGACCUCAGACUGAGGGCUCAGCCAGUGGGAACCAAGUGAGAGGACUAAAAGUAAAAAUGUUGUCUUAAAGCAAAAAAAAAAACCAAACAAAAGAAAGCUCAAUCUAGUUCAUACAUUUCAUAUGCUAUAGAGUCCCCUGACACAGAGUCAGCACUGCCCAGGGCCUGCUGUGCCACCCUGCCAGCCCAGGCCGUGUGGACAGCAGGACAUUGCUGUGCCUGAGGUGCUCUGGGAGGUUGGGUUUGGGUUCCAUCAGCACUUUUCCAAGCUCUAGGAGUGCCAUGAAGGUUUCUGUGUCCCUUUAAGAGAAACUCACUCCCUGGUGUGGGUGGCAGAAUGGUUUCUAUGUGUAGGUGUUAGCACACAGCUGCCACACGUCCCCCUAGUGUCAGAGGCUCUGAGCCCUUCACCUCCCCCUGCUCUCAGCUGUUAGGGCAGGUCCCUCCACACCCCUAAAUCCAGGUCAGGAGAGCGUGUGCCUUUCUUAGGGUGACCAAACCCAGCAGGGAUCACAGGCAGCCCUUCCCAAACCAAACCACUGCCGCUCUGUGUCCGUACCCUGACAGAUUUUGUGUCCCAUCUCCGGGCCGUUCGCCCGGCCUUUCCCAGCACGUGUCUUUGUGUGACUCGGACAUUCAUUCCAUUAUCUCCCUUUCUGUUUGCCUCUGCGAAGCUGAGCUCCGGGCAGCCGUCUCCUACCACAGGAUGUAGUGCUGGGGCAGAGACCUGGGACGCAGUGGCCUCCUGACACGAAGAUCAUCUCCCUGUGGCACGGGUGGGUGCGUGGCUGCUCGGUGAGGGCUGCCGGAGCACAGGGGGGCAGGGAGCCAGCCUCCGCCAAGGAAAGCUGCUCAUCUCCAUUCCUAGCAAAGGAAAGCUCCACACUCGGAGGCCAGGAGCGAUGUCGCCUUUCCUAGUUUGAGACAAAACGUCUUUCAACUCAUUUCUUUUUUAACAAAGAGACUCAGAGCAAAUCCGGUUCACGGUUUCAAUGUAGCGCUGCAGCCUUUUGGUGAGGAAAAAAAGAGAAAGCCAACAGAUUUUUAAUUGUUGAGAAUCCUGCAGUCUGGCGAGGAGCACGAGAGAAAGUCUUAGCAGGGGCGUGGUGUGCACAUUUCUGAUGGUACUUACUCUGCCUCAGCUCUGGGUGAGCAGGAGAGAACGCCAAAUUCCUGGAGAUCGCUUCCUCCUGUGUGAGAACCUGGCAGGGUAAGUCUGCAUCCUGUUCUCCGAGCCACUCCACGCUUUUGUAGCAAAUGGAAGGAACUUGAGGAAAAGAAUCUGCGAAGGAUCCUUCACCCCAGAGCAGCUGUGGCCAAUACCCCCGAUGGUACAAAACUUCCUUAUCCCCCUGAACUGUUGUGUUGCAAUACUUGACAUUUCUAUGGCAAGGACCCCAUUUCUUCUCAUUUCCGCACUGAAUUCCUGGGGACAACUCCCUGCCCCAGCCUCUGUGCACCUGUCUUGUUUUUAAAUGCAGUUAUGCCCUGAAGGGUUGGGGUUUUUUUAAGUAUAUUCAAUUGUGAUUUAGCACUUUUUUGAUACUAGCUCAUUAUUUAAUUAGUGCAACCGUUUCAGAAGAUGAACAAAUGAGGAGUUAAAUUUUGGGCAUUACACUGAAACAGUCCAUCCCCAAGGACAAACCACAUCAGCCUGAGGGUGGCUUGGCCCCGUCCGAGCCCAGUGUCCCCAAAGACACCACCUCAAAGGUGUUGUGUGCUUGCUUUUAUUCUGAGUUACAGAGCGUUUCACAGUGGUUUGGGCUGUGACUGACGUGUUUUCAGACUGUUCCCCUCUGGGGAGAAUGUUAAAAUGGUUGUGAUUUGAUUUCUUCAGAUGCAGAAUGCAGCGCAGUGCGUCUGUCGCGAUCUCGUCAGGCCCUGACAUGGCUGUGGGACCUGCUGCUGCACGAGAACACUGUGCCCAAUAAUUCCUGUUUAACUCCACUUGCUGCUGUAUUGUCAGGAUUUCCUUUAGUCUCUCUCAGCAGUGAGGCUGGGAGGGAAGUGAACCAUAAUCCCAAGGGCACAGACCUGGAUUGGGAAGGGGGAGUGGAGAUUUUGGGUUGAAUCAAUGAAUUUAAGAAACCUAACAUUCCUUGUUAUGCACAUGUUGCAAUUCAUACUGGUGUAAGUGUAAAUAUUUGGUGUGUUGGCAACAAGUCUUUGGUGAGAUUGCAAAUUGAACCUCUGCUUGGGAGGAGGGACACCUUUCCUUGCUGACACGUGAGCUUUUUUGGAGGUUGGCUUGGAGGUAACGUGGUGAUGAAGACUCCAAUCUUCAGGCACUGGGCUCGGUGACCCUGGCGGUCCGUUCCAGCCCCACGUGUAAACCUGUGGUUGUCUUUAGUGAUCCAUUCUUUAGCCAGACACUCCCUUUCUCACCUUUCUCACAGACAGAGCAGUUGUUUUGGCAGUUCAGUGUGGUGGGGUGACCCUGGGCUGUGCCAGUCCUUGGCUCCUGGCCACCCUCACCCACCCACUGUGCAGUAUUCGGGCUCUUCCUCCCUGCAGGGUUUUGUGCUAUCUGGAGGAAACUGCCCCAAAUUUCUGGUGCUGAACAUGACCUUGCAUCCAACUGCAUCUGCUGUAUUACCUGCCCGGGAGGAGUUGGGGCUCCUCUGUUCCUCUCUUUAAAGACAGAUUGUGUUUUUCACAGACUUUGGUUUGUGGGCUGAGCCCUCACUCACGGCUGGCAAACAGAGUUGCCAAGUUUUGUCUUUCCUUUUAUAGGAGGGGAUGAUUUUUUUUUUCAAAUUGAAGAUGCUUUAUCCUUUUUUUUAUUUUGUGUUUACAAAGAAAAAAAGAAAACAGCGCUAACCUUAGCUGUUCAACUGACUUUAAACUUGCUUUGGGAUUGUUCUUUUUUAGAAGAAAUUAUGCAACUUUUUUGGGGUACACGCCUGUCCCCCUCCCAGGGAGAAGAUGCAGCACCUUCCAGGCUGUACCUGCAGUGAAGUCUGUACCUUCAGGAGGCUGCUGAGACACAGAGCAGAUGCCAAAAAGCCCCGAACUCGUCCCGUUCUGUGUGCAGCUGAGGUGGAGCCAAUGCUUUAAUGCUCCUUCCACCCACCUCAGAAGUUUCCAGCAGCAGCAUUUCCCUGGCUCUGCUCACAUCCUGCUUUGGAGCUGGCACAGCGCUCACAACGCUGCCGUGUUGCAAAGGUCUCCCUUUUAGAUCUCUCAUUGAAAUUACCUUAAAUUUGGUUUCCCAAAAGAAAAGUACCUGUGCUGUUCUCGCUAAGUCAACCCAGCUCAGACAUUUUUCUUACCCACAGAAGAAUAACCUGGGAUUCCCUGACAGGGCAGAGACAGUCGAGUUCAGUUUGCAAUGUGGACAUUUUUGCUAAUUGUGAUGUAUGGCAGUGGGGCUGAUUUGUAAUACAAAUGUUAUUUAAUCUGUCUGUAUUUUGAUACUUGAAUUUCCUUUUAUUUCCUGUAUAUACAAUUGUUAAUCUGUUCAAAUUUGUCUGAAUUUUAAACAUCUUGUGGUACCAAACAUAACCAAUCUGUGCAACAACAUAGACUGACCUCACUACAACAAGGCGAGAUUGUAAAUAUUCCUGGGCUUCCAGCAGUCGUUUUGUUGUUUUCAUAAUUGUACAACUUAGAACAGACCGAAUUAAUAAACAACCUUAGACACA